UUGGGGUGCUUUUCGCUGCCAAAAAUAAAAUAAAAUAAGAUUCUCUUCGCGAAACGGAAGCGUGGAAAAUAAGGGAAGGGUUUCGAGAUUUUUUUGUUUUUUUUUGUUAUCCCAUUGGGGUGUGGAUUUUGGGUGGGAAUCGCCAUGAAUGGCGAGGAGAAUGAAGCAAUGCAAGUGGAGAAGGAGAAGUUGGUGUACAUGUGGGGUUAUCUUCCCGGAGCUCUACCACAGAGGACGCCGCUAUUGACGCCGGUGCUCGUUAGGGUUCCGCCGUCAAGCUACUCUUGGACGGAGGUUUGCGGCGGUGGCUGCGGAUUCGCCAUGGCUAUCUCUGAGCCUGGAAAGCUCAUAACAUGGGGGUCAACGGAUGAUUUAGGCCAAAGCUAUGUCACAUCUGGCAAACACGGGGAAAAUCCAGAGCCUUUCCCUCUUCCAACUGAAGUGACUAUUGUAAAAGCUGCAGCUGGAUGGGCACAUUGUGUUUCUGUGACGGAUUGUGGACAAGUUUACACAUGGGGAUGGAGAGAAUGUAUUCCCUCUGGGAAGUUGUUUGGUGAAUCAUUAACUGGGGAAAGCCCCGAAAAGGAUGUACCAGGAAGGCAAAGUACAUUUCUGACGGAGCAAGCGAGCCCUCGUUCUCAAGGCUCAAAAUCUGUUGGAGGAACUGCCCCUAGUACCAGUGGAGAAGAAAAUACAAAGAGAAGAAGAGUAUCAUCAACAAAGCAAACAGCUGAAACCUCAUCAUCUAGUGAUGAUACCCUGACAGCAUUGCCAUGUCUUGUCACACUAAAUCCAGGUGUAAGAAUAACAAGUGUUGCUGCAGGUGGUCGCCAUACCUUAGCAUUGUCAGAUAUAGGACAGGUGUGGGGUUGGGGCUAUGGAGGUGAAGGCCAGCUUGGUUUGGGUAGUAGAAUACGAAUGGUGUCCUCUCCUCAUCUAGUUCCUUGUAUUAAUUCCUCUUCUUAUGGUAAAGACAUAUCGGCCUCGUUGGCUCGAGGAAGCAUGGGUUCAGAUGGGCAAAAUUUCAGAGUUCCUGGAAAUUAUAUAAAGGGCAUUGCUUGCGGAGGUCGACACAGUGCAGUAAUCACAGAUGUUGGAGUUGUGCUUACAUUUGGUUGGGGACUUUAUGGACAGUGUGGGCAAGGAAGUACAGAUGAUGAACUAAGCCCGACUUGUGUAUCUUCCUUGUUGGGUAUUCGAAUAGCGGGAGUCGCUGCAGGACUGUGGCAUACUGUGUGUACAUCUGCCCAUGGUGAUGUAUAUGCGUUUGGGGGAAACCAGUUUGGGCAACUGGGAACUGGUGCUGAUCAAGCUGAGCAGACUAUACCAAGGCUACUGGAUUGUCCGAGCUUGGAAAAUGUAAAUGUAAAGAGCAUAUCUUGUGGGGCUCGUCACAGUGCUAUUAUAACUGAAUCUGGAAGGUGCUGUUGUUGCUGUUGUUCAAAUUUUGACAAUAAUGGAAAAGUCUUCUGCUGGGGAUGGAACAAGUAUGGACAGCUGGGCCUCGGGGACGUGAUUGACCGGAAUAUUCCUUCUGAAGUUACCAUCGAAGGUUGUGUAGCUAAAAGCAUUGCAUGUGGCUGGUGGCAUACUCUUCUUCUGGCCGAGUCACCCACUUGAUGUCAUGUGGCUUCCUCGAGGCUCAUAACUCAAUUUUGUUAGUUAGCUGUUCUUUUGUUUGGUAAAUCAUGAAGCCAUAUGCAUAUGUGUAUGUACAUACAGUAGUGGUAUACAUAUGUAUAUAUGCUUGUAUUCUUUCAUGGUGUGAAUCAUCAUGACAGGCUCUAAUAUUUAAACAACAUCCAAUAGCGAUUUGUGGUUUGUGAAGGAAAAUAUUGGCUCCUUUUCACCUAUAUGUAACAUUACUCUUCAUAGUGUAUAUUUUCUUUUAACUGUAUAAAUUAACCGAUGUAAUUAGAUACCCUAGAAGUUAGUACUGUCCCAUGGCGUGUAGUUGUAGGGGGUAUGGGCCUAUGGGGUGUUUCUUUUGCUUUAGUAUAUAUAUCCGUGCAAGUUGGCCUUUGAGGGCCAUGCUAAUGUAUGGGCAAAGACAUUUUUUUUUCAAAUGCAAUCUCCAGUGUUUUUCUCAAUUCUACGAUUCUGGUUCGAUCGACAAUCGACAAUAGUAUGAUUUCUUGGAA